AUGGAUCUGCGAGUGCGGUUUGCGGAAACUGUGCCCACGUGGGAGGGGCUCGGGGCAGUGCAUUCGCUGUACCCAUGCUCUUGCACUGCAUCGCAAGACAAAGAGGAUUCUCCUCAGAGGUGGCCGUUUCAGAGCAGGAAUCUUCUGGGGGCAAAACUCGCGAAGAUGCAGAAAGAAUACGCGUGGCGCGAUUGCUGCAGCGCUACAGAAUGCUCCGGCCUGAAGAUCAUGACCGGCUGGCGGGAGUUUCGCGAGGAAGGCAUGGACAAAGAGCUCCAGUCCUGGGAAGCGGACAAACGAAAGCGGGAAGAGCAAUUAGAGCGGAUGCUGCGGCUACGAGAAAUACAUAAACCAGCACACUUGCGCCGGCGGAAGCGAAAGGUCAAGCGGGUCCAGCAGUCAGAGCAGCAGGCGCCUCCAGUAGUGGCUGCAAACUUCACAGAAGAAGCACAGACUGUCAGUUUAAUUGAAGAUGUUCACAAGGCAGAAGUGUACCAAGAGGUUUGCGCGAAGCUUGAUAAACAGUGGGGCGCUAAUGACCCUCUGAGCGACAAUUUCGUUGACAUAUUGUCGCAAGCCGUCCGGCACGAUCUUAUGGAUCAAAGGCAAUUUAUUCGCAGCGCCUGCCUCAGCCGUCUUGCUCUGAUUCAGAUUGACGAAUAUUUGGAUAGACGCCCUGACCUCGUGAAGCUACGACUAUCUGCGAAACUCCCGCCGGAGGUUGUUGAGCCUUUGGCGGCAUUCCACGGCCUUACGAAUUACAACUUUGACAAACGCACACGUUUGCAGCAGAAAGUCAAUGCAUUGUUCAGAGCUGUCGACGCUGCUCAUUGCGAAUUGGACAAGGUACUGGGGAGUUUAGAGGAGAAUCAACGCUCCGAUAUGAAGUACGAAGUACAUCCUUUUCGGAACCAUUUCGGUUUCGUCUCAGCCGUUCCAACGGGUACUGCAGGCUCCAUAACGUUGGGGCGCGAGGGGAGCGGUACGGAUAAGGAGCUUAGGACGAUUCGCUAUCCUACGCUACAACGUGUGGCGCACACUCUGCCGAAGGAUCCGAAAUAUCGUGCAAUAGUUGCUCAUGCUAUCCGCGUUCUCGAGCGGUCUCGUGGUUGGGAUUUCAAGGAUAAGAUCAAAGUAAGUGCGGAGAAGCUAUGA